AUGGGGGUGCCGAGCGUUGCAACAUGGUCGCAUGCUGCUGGACGCGCUCCUCGACCGCCAAAGUUGUUCCAGGUGUCUAUAGGUCCUGAUAUAAUGUUGUGUUCUCUCCAGGUGUCUAUAGGUCCUGAUAUAAUGUUGUGUUCUCUCCAGGUGUCUAUAGGUCCUGAUAUAAUGCUGUGUUCUCUCCAGGUGUCUAUAGGUCCUGAUAUAAUGCUGUGUUCUCUCCAGGUGUCUAUAGGUCCUGAUAUAAUGCUGUGUUCUCUCCAGGUGUCUAUAGGUCCUGAUAUAAUGCUGUGUUCUCUCCAGGUGUCUAUAGGUCCUGAUAUAAUGUUGUGUUCUCUCCAGGUGUCUAUAGGUCCUGAUAUAAUGCUGUGUUCUCUCCAGGUGUCUAUAGGUCCUGAUAUAAUGUUGUGUUCUCUCCAGGUGUCUAUAGGUCCUGAUAUAAUGUUGUGUUCUCUCCAGGUGUCUAUAGGUCCUGAUAUAAUGUUGUGUUCUCUCCAGGUGUCUAUAGGUCCUGAUAUAAUGUUGUGUUCUCUCCAGGUGUCUAUAGGUUCUGAUAUAAUGCUGUGUUCUCUCCAGGUUGGUCCAGGUGUCUAUAGGUUCUGA